CCUCAUAUCAUAAACCAUCUCUUAUUUGUUUCUUUCUUCUCUUUCUUGUAUUAUAUUUAGUAUCUUUCCAAAAAUGGUGCUUGCUGGUAAACUUAUUACUGAACUUGGGAUCAAAACACCAGCUGAAAAGUUCUUCAAACUAUUUGCAUCAGAACUUCACGAAGUGCAAAAUGUUUGUGAAAGAGUUCAUCAUACCAAGCUUCAUGAGGGUGAAGAUUGGCAUCAUACUGAUUCGGUUAAACACUGGACUUAUGUCAUAGAUGGCGAGGUACACACAUGCAAUGAGAGUGUUGAAGAAGUUGAUGAUCAGAACAAAAAAAUCACUUACAAGCUGUUUGGUGGAGAUAUUGAAAACUAUAAGGUAUUUAAGCUCAUCUUAGAAGUGCUUAACAAGGCUGAUGGAAGUUCUGCUGUUAGAUGGAGUAUUGAUUAUGAGAAGAAUAAUGAGGAUAUUGAUACUCCAAAUGGUUGGAUGGAUUACCUUAGCAAAAGCACUAGAGAUAUUGAUGGUCAUCUUGUCAAGGGGGAAAAGGUAGUUCUAUAAGUCAUAAAGAUAUUUGAAUUAUGGUUCAAUGGGGUUGGCUUUUAUGGAUAAAUGUGAGCAUAUAGAUAAAAUAAAAGCUAGUGUGAAGUUUGUAUUUUGGCAUGUAGCAUAAGCAUGCAUAUUUCUUUCCCUUGAUCCUUCGUUUGUAUCAAAUAUAUGUGUCGGUCAUGUCUUGAAGAUUAUGUCUUAAAUUAUGUGUGAUGCAAAUAAAUGGAUAUUUGUGUACUUUGCAGUUUAAAUUUGUGUAAUAAUGUUCUCAAUUAUUUAAGUUAGUUUAA